AUGGCCGGAAGCUCUGAAUGGAGGUACCAGGGCCAGGCCCACGGCCCCACCCAGCUAGGCCAGACGAGCCUGCCCCCGCAGCUGAGCCUGCCCGGCUUCCCGCCUCUGGCCUGGCACCAGAAGCAGCCCAGGAGGAGACGCAGCCUUCUCAAGGAGCUGGGCGCCUUCCAUGUUGUCAUUGCUCUACUGUACUUGCUCUUUGGGAGUUGCCUGGUCUCUAUGGUCAAGAGUCUUCACCUGGUGGUGCUGAAGUCUUGGUAUCCAUUCUGGGGGGCUGCCUCUUUUCUCAUUUCAGGGAUCUUGGUGAUCAUGAUAGAGCUGCUUUCAAAGACUUAUCUGAAGACGCUUUGCCUGAUAGCACAUGCCGUCAGCUUCUUCUGCGUGCUAGCUGGCCUCUUUGUCGUUGCCAAAGAUCUCUUUCUGGAGAGUCCCUUUGAGUUCCCGAUCUGGACACCGUACCCCAACAGCACAAUCCACAUCCAGAGGCUGGAGCUGGCCCUGCUCUGCUUCACGGUCCUGGAGUUCUUCCUGCUGAGCUCCACGAUGGUCACAGUGUGCCUGGAUGACUGCUCGUCCGCAGAGAAAGACGACUUGUCCCUUGUUCCUGACACACCGGUGGAGCUCAGGCGGCGGCCGAUGAGUCCUCCACCAUCCUAUGAGGAUGUGACUUUAGGUGGCAUAUAGGACGAGCAAAAGCAGAGGUGAAGAUGGAUCCACACUGUGCUGUGUCUGAAGGCAGACCACCACGAGCAGCCAGAACACAGCCCCCAACCUCUCUGAUGCUGGGCUCCAGUGGGG